ACUGGUCAAACAAGCAGCAAAUAAUAAUCCUUCUAAUAUCAAUGAAAUACCAUUUUCAGGCAACACCAUUUUGUUAUGCUGCGCACCAGGGAAGUUGGAGCGCAUCCUGCUCUCAGGCCAGAUAACACUUGCACUUCCCACUUCUGAACGAGAAGGUGGGAAAUCAAGUAGUGAGAAGACAAAAAGGACACACAGCUCCUCUUUAUAAGAUACCACAGUGGACACGGAGCUUUUUCCACCCAACAGAUCUCUUAAUGGACCAAAUGUGGACUCACCGGGAGAGGCCAAGCAGGGCAUGGCUUUAAGCAGUCUCCUGCUUCUCUGUAUGGUAGCCUCUAAGGUGUGGGAUGCUGAGACCAAGCCAAUAGACUUUGUGUGUAACAAAACAGCCAGGAGGGUUUUGAAUAUUGUGGCAGAAAUGGAAAAAGCACUGAGUGACUGCGCUGACAUCAUGACCACACCGGUUCAGCUGCCCUGCACAGAACUUCACGUAGCAUCGUGGGAAAACAAAUCAUACCAGGAGAGGAGAGGAGAUAUAGUUGCAUCCUUGGGGCUUCUUCUUGAAGGUGUGAAGGUUAUGGAGACGCUGAGUCAGCCAGAAUGUGGUGCUCCGCUACUGCAGAGACUGGAGAACAACAUCAACAACCACCUGUUUAUUCUCACACACCUUCAGCUGAGUGAGCCAGUGGUGGAUCCAACAUUGUCUUGUGUUCCUCUGUGGUCACAGAGUCUAAGCACAGUUCUUCAGAGAUACAAACAACUGCUCUCAGGCAAACUGGAGAUGUUCUUCGUUAACCUGGAAAACAGAUGCUUUAACAAGUGACACUGGGUCCAUCGUGUCGUUCACAAAUGGGGGAAUAAAUUCAACAAAAAAUACUAGUGCAAAACAGCAGAACUGAUGUGGAGAUUCUACUCUGCUGCUUUCAAACUCAACUCUUUGACAUAUGGUGAUAUUUAGAUUCACACUCUUUUCUGAGAUUUCUGCAGUGGAGCUACUUCUGGAUUGAGGAAGAUAAACACAUCAGGAAGAAAUUUGACAGCGCUUCUGAGAAGCUAAGGAUUCUUUGAUUUUGGUUUUAGGUCAAGAAAAGUAUUACCUGCAAUCUACCAAUUUACCGGCAGUUUCCAAAUGAUUGCUUCAUGUUUGAGAGUGACUCCAGCUUUAUCACAUGUCCAGAACAGAGUUUAUAAUUUAUGUUUUUGGAUUUGUUUAUCCCUGGAAUAGUGGUGCAAAGGUACAGGCAGUUACAAAGGUAGACAGACACGGCACUUAAGAUAAAAUAAAUAUAAAUGCUACUUAGGAAUGACACUUGGACAAGAAAUGGAGAAGAAAAUAUUGCUAUACCCUGAUGAGGUUGUUAAUGUAUUGAGCAGCUUGUUGUUUUUUUUUGCACUUGUCGAUCUAUGACUGGUAAUAUUUUUACUUCUAAAGUUAUGAGAUGUUCUAAACAUAUGUUUUUUUUUUCAUAGUUUGUGAAUAUCUGUUUGUAAAUGCAAAGGUUUUGAAUCUAAGGACAGUUGUUGUAUUUGUAUAUUUCAUCAAAACUGUUGGAUGUCCAUUAUAUUCAUGUCUAUUCAUUCAGUUUGCUGGCAUAUUAAAACAAACAAACAAACAAAAAAAAACAAUCUACAAAACUACUAUAUUACCUAUUUUCAUGUGUUGGUAAACAAGAGAAUUCAAGUAUUCAUUAAACUUACUCAGCAACUGCUUGUUAAUGCAAAUAUCUAUCUAUUCUAAUCUAAUAAUAUCAAAUAUGUAAUGACAAUCGCAUGGCAGCUCGAUGUAUUGAGGAAUGUAGAC